AUGUCAGACGGGUCCUAUGGGCCGAUUUCAGCUGGGAUCAUCCGGUCUAUCACUGAUAAAUCGUAUGAAAGAAGAAAAGCAGCAGCUCUAGACGUUGAAAAGCUAGUACGAGAUUUGUUCAACAACAACCAAUUGUCUCAGCUCGACCGAUGUCUCGCAGUACUCGCAGAACUAAUCAAUUCGGGAAACUCGAAUCAGAGAAAGGGAGGAUUAAUUGGAAUGGCGGCUUCUUCGAUUGCCUUGGGAAACAAAAAUGCUCCUCCAUAUACUGCGAAGCUAGUUGAACCUAUUGUACCCUGCUUUUUGGACGCAGAUCUUCAAAUCAGAUACUAUGCCUGUGAAUCACUUUACAACAUCGCUAAGAUCUGCAAAACCGCAGUACUGGAUCACUUUGGAGAUAUCUUCGAUGUUCUGUGGAGAGUAACAGCAGAUUCUGAUCAAAAUGUGCGAGGCGGUGCUGAACUUCUAAAUCGUCUGAUAACGGAAAUCGUUCUUUCUAAAGAAGACUUUGAUGUAGCAAUUCUAAUGGCUCUCAUCCGGGAUAGAAUCUACACUCAAACAUCAUCAAACCGAAGAUUCAUACUGGAGUGGUUGAACACCAUUAACUCGACUCCAUUCUUCUCAGUUUGCAAUUACAUCUCUGAAAUCUCUGAUGGUCUAUUCAAAAUGCUUGCCGAUCAAGCCCCAGCUGUUAGAGAUCUCUGUGAAACUGUCCUUGGCAACUUUUUAUCUGCAAUAAAGUUCAAGCCGGAAUCUCUGACUCAUGAAGACAAAAUUCAAAUGGUCAAUGUCCUGGUUGUGCACACACAUGAGAAUGAACCCUUCCUCGCCAGAAAACUAUCUCUUAUCUGGCUAGAAGAGUUCGUGAAGUUGUAUAAGGCAGAAUUGUUAGAAAUGCUGUCCACUUUUCUUGUCGGGAUUCUACCCUCCAUUGUAGAACACGAACUGAGAGGCGAUGCUGUGAACCGACUUCUGAUGGCUCUUGUGGGAGAAAACAAAUUGGAACAGGCAAAUCUCGAUAGAACUAUUGAGGUUCUAUUGAAGUAUAUCAAAUACGAUGUCGUGGAGACUCGGGUUACUGUUCUCAACUGGAUCCGUCAUUUGCAUAGCUCAAUGCCAGGACAGCUCUUCAUUCAUAUGCAUCAAAUCUUUCCAGUGCUUUUGAACACUCUAUCGGAUACUUCUGAUGAAGUUCUUCUUCUGGACCUUUUCCUCAUUUCCAAUAUUUGUCAAUCAGAGUCUGCACCUGACCAAGUGGAUGUGUCAACUUUUGGAUUAGAAGAAGAAGCUCUGAAACAAGUUUCGGACAUUUCUCCAUUCCUUAUUAAAUUUGCAUUGAGUCUCCUAGAAAUGUUCCGAACAGAACCAUCGUUGCUACGAGAAAGAGGAGUUCUUAUCAUCAGACAGCUUUGCCUACUCCUGGAACCCGCUCAAAUUUACAGAGUGAUUUGUGUCCUGUUGGAGAGAGAGUCAAAACAUAAUUUCACCCAAGAAAUGGUCUCGACUCUUCACGGCGUUUUGCUAACCGCUACCGAACUCUUCAUUCUCCGAGACGAACUCCGGUCACUAUCCAAUGAAUCAUCUCGCUCCCUAUUCGAGUGCAUAUUCCGUGUCUGGUCGAAUCGUCCAAUUGCUCUUCUAGGACUUUGUCUCCUAUCGCAACAUUAUCAACAAGCUGCGGAUGUGGCACUCCUGCUUUCUCAGGUCGACAUUACUGUAGAUGUUUUAUUAGAAAUCGACAAACUGGUUAAUCUAAUAGAAAGUCCCGUUCUUGCAUAUGUGCGAAUGGACCUACUUUCAUCAGUUCAUCGGUCACCUCUAUGCACUGUUCUCUCAGCACUACUAAUGCUCUUGCCACAGUCGGAAGCAUUCGUAACUCUCCACAAACGGCUUCAGGCAGUUCCAGCAUUGGUGUCGAUUGACAACUCUACUUAUGCACCAAAAGUUCCACCAUGCCGAAUCGACUUCCCACCUCUCAUGAUCCACUUCAAAGUCGCCCUUGCACGUCGGCAAACUGAAAUCCGCUCCCGUCAUCGAGACCUUUUAUCGGGAGUUGUCUCGCAGAUGCGAAGCUUGAAGUCAUGA